AUGGGAACUCACAUAAGUCGAGUAAAAUCUGUUGAUUUGGACUCCUGGACGGACGAACAAGUGCAAAGUGUAUUGAAAUGGGGAAACGGCAGGGCAAAUAAAUAUUGGGAAGCAAAGCUGGCUCCAGGCCACGUACCAUCCGAAGCCAAAAUCGAGAACUUUAUCAGAACGAAAUAUGAUUCGAAGAGAUGGGUAAUGGAUGGAACAAUGCCGGAUCCUUCAACCCUGGAUGACGAUGGAGAUGAUGAUAUACCUCUAGGACUUGUCAAAGAGAAACACAUCCUCGAGAGAUCGACAUCACAAAGGACAGCCUCAUCUAGUCAAGCUCCUACCCCGAUCAGGGCACCCCCACAACAGGAUCUCUUUGGUGAUGAUAUUGGACCACCUCCAAGGGCGAGUACUGCCGGUUUGGUACCUGUGAGACCUCCACCAAAAUCAGAGCCCGCUCCCCCAAAACAAACGAAACCGGCAGAUUCCCUCUUGGGUCUGGACUUUUUCGGAACCGAGGCUGCUCCUCCCAGUCGACCAUCGAGUACAGCACCCGCCCCAGGCAUGCAAUCAAGGCCUGAUUUGAAGCAAUCGAUUCUAUCGCUUUAUGCAUCCGCCCCUCGUCCUCAGGUACAACAACAGACAUCCCAAAUCUCACAUGCAUCAUCUGGAUCUUUUGGUGGUAUGCAAUCCGCACCGCAGCAAUCACCACAACGUUCCACAUUCGGAGGUAUGAACGAUGCGUUUAGUAGUUUGAACUUUUCCAAUACUACAUCUCCGGCAGCUCAUUCGAAGCCCUCAGCCUUCUCUAACUUAGGCGACCUCUCCAGCCACCGAUCAACACCUUCCGCAGGUCACGUUGCCUCCCCACCACUCAGUGGCGGCGGAUUUUUUGACUCGAAACCAAAAGCUGCUCCUGCACCUUCACAAGUAUCCCGCGCAUUUAGCUCUUCAAGUGGCUUCGGAGCCUUUGACUCGGCGCCAGGACAAUCUUUAGCCCCACAGUCUACAAAUGCAAGUUCUGCAUUAGGAGAUCUCUUCGACUUUUCCACACCUGUACAAAAUGUUGCACCGCCCAAGCAAACAAUCGCUUCGCCACCCAUUCAAUCUUCCGUCUUCAACCUUUCAAACCCAAACGCAACAGCACAGAAAUCUCCACCAGCAGCACCUGCUAUGAGUAGCGCCUGGGGUAGUACCGACGCCUGGGGUUCAAAUAAUGCUUGGGGUAGCUCUGCCAAAACCAGUCCCUCACUCCCGAAAGUCGCACCACCGCCCCAAACUAACGCUGGGGAUUAUGGAGGUUGGGGGGGGUUGUCAAACCAAAGUAUAGUACCGGGCACUGGAGGUAGUUUCAAUACAAUUGCUAGCGCUCCUAAGGUAUCAGCAGAUGAUGACUUUGGAGGUUGGAGUAGUGCGGCUCCUGCGUCUGCUACACAAGCGACUUCUGGGGCUGUGAAACCUGCUGGGGGUUUCUCGUCGGGUGGUGGUGAGGAUUUAUUCUCGAAUGUCUGGGAGUAA